UAGCGAGCCAAGAGGUCCGUGAGGUGCGCAGGCGGUUUUGCGAGGCGUACUGUGUACACGUACAGAUCCGGUUGGUGAUAACCCGUUUUGGAGCCUCGUCCGGCGCCGUUUUCUUCCCUGAUGCGGACGUCGUUGCGGAGUUGUCUGCAAAAUACCUAUUUUCAGGGCCCCGUCUUCACCGCGAAGCGCCGGCGAGGUCCACCAACCCCUCUCAUCUCCAAGGCUAGCGUGCCCUUCUUUUUGCCCCCGCGCCUCGCUACGAGUGCCAAUUUCGUACCCUUGGACCGGACGCAUCUUGUCGUCAGAGGCGGUCUCUGUCAUGCACAAGUCAGCCGAUGAGCAGCAUGUGCUCUCCAUCGAGGAGACUUUCAAUGCUUGCCCUGUCACGUCACCAACCAAAAAAUGUGGUGUUGACAUCCUGGGACCGAUGUGUCCAAAUCGGGCCUGCCGUUACACUAAAGGCUUGUGGCAUGCGGCUAGUCUGGAACCUUUCACAAACACCCAAAGUCCAAGUGUCUAACCAACUCCGUACCUCCGAAACCCUCCCGUUAACACCGAGUGGUCCCGGGCCGUCAGCACCGGAUCGGAAUGCUGCCGAUCCACCCCCUCCUCGCUCCCCUCUCCCCGGUCAGGCUAACAUUAGUGCGGUGGGUCACGAAAGAAAGAACGGGAGCGUCCCGCGGCUUUCAUCUGAUCUCUUGAACUCAAAAUUCCUCGCGCCGACGCCACCCCAUAACGCUAUUCGACCAAGUGCCCACACUGUGUCGCCUCCCCCCCGGGCGGCGCCGCGACGCGAGGGUGAUAUUUCGUCCACCCGCAGGAUGAGGAGAGGGGGGUUAGAGAGAUGUCCGAAUUUGGAUCCGGGCGUCCGGGGCUCGGGCGAAGACGGGCAAACUGGCAAACCAAAGCUGGUGUCCGGACAUGGAACUGCAUUCGACCCCCCACUCCCCGAACCUUCAACCCCCCCAUGACAUGAUUGGCAAGCCACCAUCCGGUGUCAUGGCGUUCACCAUGCGUGCAUGUGUGUCUGUGUGUCUGUGCUGCUGCUCGUGCGCAACACGGAUCCCCCACUUGCCGCCUUUCGCGGGGGAUCGGUCGAGGGGGUCGGGGGAUCGGUCGAGGGGGUCGGGGGAUCGGGGAGUCGGGG